CCGCGGCAGCAGACGCUCCCAGUCUGCGACACAACAUGGCCGUGACGGUUCUCCUGCUCUCGGUGCUCACGCUGGUGACGCCAUCUAUAUCCCUCCCGUUGCCGCAAGACGUCAGCACCGCUGUGGACUCUGAUGUCGUGUUUAUCGUGCCUGGUUCGGAUGAGCCAGAGAAGCCUCCCGGGUACCAGUACCAGCAGCUGAACCCGGCAGACGGCAGCUACAAAUUCGCCUACGAGAACGAGGACGGGGGCUUCCGGGUGGAGCAGCGGCUGGGCAGCGGGCAGCUGAGGGGCAUCGCGGGCACCAGGGCCGCCGACGGCACCGUGGUCGACGGGUUCAGGUACAGCUAUGAGGGGUACGGGUACAAGCAGGAGCCGUACACCUCGGAGCAGGUACCGACAUUCCUGCGCAGCGCUGCUGGACCCGAGGGUCUGCCGCAGCUGGUGCGCAACCUGCAGCUCUUCCCCGAGUACUUCAGCUAGGGCGGAACAGGCGCAGCUGCUGAACCAGGCUGUCGCGUACAGCGCUGGACGGUCGUGGCUACUCGUGGAGGGUCCCCCGUAUCCGUGGAAAUGUCUUGCGCAUAGCUGGCGCGUGCACAGCUGACUAUAAUGCAUUCUAACUGCUGCAAAAAUAACCAAUGUGGUUGUGGGGUCUAUUUCGUACAUCCUUUUCUCAACAAGAACCUUUGCUGUUUUUUUCGAAUGCUGUAAGCUGAGCUGGGCACUUGCCUCAACGGCGGCGCGUCCAGUUUGGCUACGUGUUUCCGAUUACUGGCCGCGACCAUUGCAGCAUACUUUUUCAAAUGACAUACGUCAUAUGUCAAGGUACGCAAGGCUUUACACUGAUUCAGAUACUCCGGUAGGUAAAAGAAUGCGUCUUAUAACAGUAAAUAAAUUGCUGCAAAUCCA